AUGCACUCCUCACUAACCCGCAUCCAGUCGGUAUUCGGCUUUUUCACCACGGUUGCGCUGGUCGUCAGUGCAUUUGCCGCUGUCUCUGUCCUUCUCUUCCCGGCAGAGGACACCAAUGCCUCCGUGCAGCUGAAGAACGUCCAGGUCGUCAAAGGCCGCCCUCACUAUCACUCGACCAAGCGCGAGGAGUAUGCGCAGUUCCGGUUCGACCUGGACGCCGACCUGAGCCCGCUCUUCAACUGGAACACCAAGCAGCUCUUCGUCUACGUCUACGCCACCUACUCCUCCUCCGAUAAGCCCAACUCGCAAGUUCGCGACUCCGAGGCGAUCAUCUGGGACGCGAUCAUCCCCGCGACACCAUCCCCAUACUCCUUCGACAUCCUCAAGGACCGAGUAACAGCCCUUCUCCCAGAAUCGCUCACAUCAUCCUCCGCCUCCGCGACGCGACGCAACAAGAAGCGCAAUGCAAAGCCAAGCAAGGCCGCGAAGGCCAAGGAGGCCGCUACGCCUGGUGUUCUGAGGCUGCGUGGCCAAAAGGGCAAGUACCAGAUUAGCGAUAUUACUGGACGUCUCGCGGAGCGCCAGAACGUGACUCUUCAUGUUGGAUGGAAUGUUCAGCCGUGGGUUGGGGCUUUGUUCUGGGCUCCCAGGACCGGUGCUUUGCCCCGGACUGCGGGCACGAUUGUCAGCAGUGAGGCUUUUGAUUUCCCUGAAUUGAAGGGGAACAAGAAGGCUGCUGCUGAAGAGAAGGCGAAGACUGAGCAAGCGGGCACUGAGAAGGUCCGUGUAUAG